GUUCAAUCAUUCUUGUUUUAAGAUCCGAUGUUUCACGUCGUCCAUCUGCCAACAACACGACGCAACGCUCUCUGCUAUUUCGUCACCAUAACGACGUGCUCUGUGCCGUGUACCUGAAACGGCCCACGCCGAUGACAGGGCCAAGGACCUAAAACAAGGGAAAUCGACGGGCGAUUCACAUUGCGGCCAAUCCAGACCCUGGCGACGGCUGUCGAAGCGACCCCCGCCGCAGCUAAUAUCGACGCCCAAAAUCAGCUGCUGCGUCGUGAGCGUCGUCUGCUCGACCCUCUCCAUCUCCAUCGACUCUCUGAUGCUCCAUCUCCUCCGUCGCCCCAGCCUCGCCCAGGCAUCACCCCCCACCUCGUAGACGAAGCAGCCUCGCCAUGCCGCGUCGCCGGCCACCCGGACCUGGCCCGGCGCUCCUCCUGGCCCUGUUCUUCCUACCCUCGAUACUCGCGGCCGCUCAGCAGCAGCAACCGCUUGGCCGCAAUGCCCGCGCACACGCACACGCACCGGUCGUGCCCCCGAACCAUGCAAGGCCCAACCGGGCAGAUGCACACGCCGACGGACGGCGACCAUACACACCACUACUAGCCCAGAAUGAGCGCGCCGUAGCAACAAAAGUCACCUCUGCUCCAGCCAUCGCGGCUGUCAGAGCCCCUCCUCCAAGCAAUGCAGCCGACGCUCUCAUGCAGGGUGUGCGCUCGUUGCAGGACUGGGAAGUUGAGGACUUUGUUCUCUUGGCGACCGUCGAUGGCCGCAUACACGCACGAGACCGAUACAACGGGGAGGAGCUGUGGGAGCUGCCCGGAAAGCCCAUGUUGGAGACGUUCUACAACACCUCCGAGGGCAGUGCCGACCUGCACGACCAGUCCUUUGUCUGGAUCGUCGAGCCCACAGAGGACGGAGCCCUUUACGUCCUCACUCCAGGGCCCUAUCCUGUCCUGCACAACCUGGGCCUCACCAUCAAGCAGCUGACCGAGCUCGCACCCUACUCCAGCGAAGACCCGAAUUUUCCCGUUGUUUACAGCGUGGAGAAGAAGACGUUCAUGCUGGUAGUCGAGGCAGCUUCUGGUAUUGUCAAGAAAAGCUUCAGUGCAGGUGGGACCGACUUCCUCGAUGAGAGUUGUGCACCGCCAGUCAGGAACUACUUCAACACUCGACAGCGUGAAUCUUUGGGAGACAUCAAUCUUGGACAGACCCAGUAUACCAUCAGCAUCCACAACAAGAUGACGAACGAGCACAUCUGCACCAUCAAGUACGCUGAGUGGGCCCCCAACAAUCGAGAUCGCGACCUGCAGCUGCAGUACCAAGAGACAAUGGACAAGCAAUACAUCUACAGCAGGUACAACGGCGAAGUCAUUGCAUACGACCACAAAAGACCCAGAUGGCACCAGCGUCCUCUCUUCAGACAGCCCUUGUCGUACCCUGUAGCGCGAGUGUUCGACGUUGCUCGACCUUCCAAGUCUAGUAAUGAGAAUGAGAAUGAAAACCGUGACUCCCUCAUUCUUCUACCCCAGCCUCCGGGGCCAGCAUUCUCGGAAGACAAAGCAGCUCACGUCCUUCUCAACACAACUGAUGCCGGAGCCUGGUAUGCGUUGUCAGAGGUAAACUACCCCGCAGUGACCGACGGCGCCCCGACAGCCCUGUGCUACAACCAGGAUGACCUACUGGGCUGGGACGGUCCGCACUUCGUAACGGAUGAGCAGAGCCUUGUCGGCGUGCAUGUCCUAGAUCACAGAGUGGAGACCCAACUACGAUACAGAUCAAUUGCAGCCCCGACCUAUUAUCAGACCGAAGAUGGCCAGGUCGUCUCUAAUCCUCCAAAGACAUCGCCGAUGGAGCGAGCUACAAUCGAUGCUCCGCCUUCGGCAAUGAUGGAGUCGAAAGUAUCCUCAUACUGGGCGGUGUUCUUCCUGGCCUGUGUCGUUGUCGCGACUUCUGUUGCCUCGUACAAGCGCCCCAAAAGGCUCGAUCACGCGAAGCACUACUUGUCCAACAUCUUCAAACCUAGCAAGACCGAGGAAGUGUUCUCUCCAGUGCCUACCGUUUCUCAACAACCCAAUUUCAUUGAGAAGCAGGUGGCUGAACUACCUGUUGUAGAGGAUGUUGUUCCAGAGGCGCUGGUAGAGGAUUCUAAACUAGAAGUGCCGAUCACUCAGGAGGCAAAGGAGAAGAAGGUGACGUUCAACAUCCCUGAAGAUGAAGAAGAGGACUUGUCCCUCUCAAGAACCACCACUAUCGACCAACCCUCCCCAACUGAGGAAGAAGCGGGCAAUGAAGAGGAAUCACCCAUCAUGAACGGCGCAGAUGAGGCCCCCCAGGACCCGACCACCGCACCCGCAACCCCGACAAAGAAGAAGAAGACACACAGAGGGAAACGUGGUGGACGGAAGCUGAACAGAAACCAGCAGAAGGAUGACGACGAGGUUGGUCGCAUCGUAGACGCUGCUAAGAAACUCGAUCCUUCGCCACGUCUGCAACCGGAUGAAGUCACUAUGAAUGGCGAUGAUAUGCAAGACGUGUCCAAUAUCAAGCGGAUUGGCAAGUUGACCAUAGAUCAAGAUCGCCUUCUCGGUAACGGAAGUGGUGGGACAUUCGUGUUCGAAGGAAAGUGGAAUGAACGCGAGGUUGCUGUCAAACGCAUGUUGCCACAGUAUUUCGGACUCGCUGAGCAAGAGGUCAAACUCCUUCAGGAAAGCGACCUACAUCCCAACGUCAUCCGUUACUUCGAUGACGAGAAAGAUGAGAACUUCCUGUAUAUUGCAGUCGAACUCUGCCAGUCCAGUCUCUUCGAUCUUUACAAGGAUGGCCGGCCCGGUGACGAGCUCACUGAAUCGCAACAACGUCUAGUCAACGAGAUCAAUCGUGACGUUGACCGUGCGUUGUAUCAGUUGGCCAACGGUCUCAACCACCUUCACAGUUUGAGGAUCAUCCAUCGCGAUAUCAAGCCACAGAACAUUCUCAUUGCGUAUCCAGCGAGGAACCAGACAAAGGGCCCUCGUCUAGUCAUUUCCGACUUCGGGCUGUGUAAGACACUUCCUGACAACGUCAGCACACUCAUCGGCACUACUGGUAAUGCCGGCACUGUUGGCUGGAAAGCACCGGAGCUGAUCACGCAGCCGAAGGAGAUCAUGGGUGGCAGUUCCACAGGUGCCUCCCGCGACUCUUCAAGCUCCAGUGAUCCUGUUGCCCAAGGCGUCAAGCGCGCCGUCGACAUAUUCUCCCUCGGCUGCGUCUUCUUCUACGUUCUCACCAACGGCGGCCACCCCUUCGACGACGACGAAGGCUGGAUGCAGAUCCGCGAGUACAACAUCAAGAAAGAAAAAGCCAACCUCAAGCAACUCCGCCUAGGCGACGACUCAGAAGAACCCUACCGCCUCAUCGAAUGGAUGCUAAAAACCCGCCCCGAAGACCGCCCCACAGCCCUCCAAGUCAUGAACCACCCCUUCUUCUGGUCCGCCGAAAAGCGCCUCAACUUCCUCUGCGACUGUUCAGACCACUGGGAGCGCGAGAUCCGCGACCCCCCCUCAGACCACCUCCUCAACCUCGAAUACUACAGCGACCAUGUCCUCGACCACAAACGCAACUUCCUCGCUAAACUCGACCAUGGCUUCAUCGCUUCCCUCGGCAAACAGCGCAAGUAUACAGGCGAUCGCUUGUUGGAUCUUCUCCGCGCACUGCGCAAUAAGAAAAAUCACUACGAGGAUAUGGAGGAGGGUGUUAAGGCUAAGGUUGGUCCGUUGCCGCAUGGCUAUUUGAGGUAUUGGACUACCAAGUUUCCGCUGCUGCUUAUGAGUUGCUAUGAGUGUGUGCAGUACUGCGGACUGCAGGAUGAGCCGAGGUUUAGGCCGUAUUUUGAGGGCCAGAUUAUGAUGUAGGGGAGGAAUGGUUUGGUAUUGUGUCGUUUGUGUGGAAAGUUUUGCAGCA